AUGCCGGAGCAAAAAGCCAACUGUUCACCAAACGGUAACAUAACAGUUGAUAGUAUGAUUAUGUCGCUAGGAUCUUCUUAA